AUGCCUACCUCUCCAACUUGUCCCAAUGGCCACACCACCCCACUCCUCCCAAAGGAGCCGGAGCCGGAGCCGCCGCAUUCCGCCCCGGCAUUCCGGUGGACGGGGCGUCAGACGCCCUCGGGCUCCUUCGACUCCUCCUUUAGAUCAUCCUCAUUCUCCUUCAAUGAUGAUUUCCCCACAUUUAGCCCUCCUUUAAUCAAAUUCAAAGGCGUCCCAUUUUCUUGGGAGCAAAUUCCGGGAAUCCCUAAACACCAUAGCUCAAAGAAGAAGGACUCCUCCGGCCACCUCCUUCCCCUCCCUCCCGCCGCCGUCAAAAAACAAGAGGAAAUUUCUCCCAAGAAAAGCAAUAGGUUCCAAAGCGAUGAUCCAUUCUUUGCCGCCCUCGUUGAAUGCUCGAAAGACGGUGGCAUCAACGACGACGACGACGAUCGUUGCUUGCAUUCGGGCGCCAUCGGGAAGGGCAGCUCCAAAAUCACUAGGACUUUGAGUGAUCGAUUUGGAUUGAUAAAUAUGUACACUUCUUCUUGCAAGAGAACAUGUGCGGUUUCGGAAUCGAUCGUCAAUCUGCCUAGACAAACCCCACAUUACCUUAUCGACCGUAGAUCGAGUUGA